CAUCACUCGCCAGGCCCUCUCUCGGAGGGUUCUGGUCACUUCCGCCCUUCCCGCCAUUGCUGCUCAGAGCGCGGGGAGCAGAAGGCUCCGCCCUUUGCGGGGGUAGCUUCCGGGUUGGUGACGUCACCGACCGGUGCUGGCGCCCCGUUUGUGCUCUUGGUGUCGCACUUAAGGCUGUGUUCUCUGCACUGUGGUCUAGACGUUCUGGACUCUGUAUUUCAAAUUUAGGUCUAGGAUCAAUUCUGAGUUAAUUUUUGAGAUUUUCUGAGUGUCCAGGGUAUUUCUUUAGAAUGGUGUUUCAGAAACAGUUCUAGAAAAGACUUCUCAGUGGAUUUCAUUUGCUACUUUAUCAAAGGACUGCCAGGAAACUUCAGGAAGUCCUAACUGAGCCGAGAAGACCCUGUUGUAUAGUAGGUGGCACUUUGAGUGUGGCCUUAAUACAGAGAAGUCCAAACAAGAAGCAGUGUUGCUGUCCUGCCUGCCUUCACUUCUUGCUAGUGAGUGCAUCUGUCCCAUUGCCGCUGCUGCUACUGCUGCUGCUGCUGCCACCAUCCUUCACUGACAUUGGAACCCAGCUUUUUGUACUUUCCGGUGUGGGCUGAAGACCAGAAGCUGUCCAGGUGUGCUCUGGGCCUUAGGUGCCAGAUUGAAGGGUUCCAGCCUUGUGGGCGGAGCCUCUCCAUCAUGGAGACUGCCAUUGUUGGACUCUCUAGACCGGAUCAGGACCUGGUGAGCUUUGAGGAUCUGGCUGUGCACUUCACCCAGGAAGAGUGGGAUUUGCUGGAUCCUUCCCAGAAGAGUCUCUAUGGAGAUGUGAUGCUGGAGACCUGCAGGAACUUCACUGCCAUAGGAUACGAAUGGGAAGACCAGAAAAUUGAAGAACAUAAUGAAGAUCCUGAAAUAAAUCUAAGGCAUGUCAUAUCUCACUCUGAAUAUACACAGUAUGAACAUGAAGACUGUGAACAGAAGCCACAGGACUCCAAUUUUCUUACAAGUAUUGAAGGAUGCACGGAAACUCAGACUUCGAGUGGGCCUUCUGUGUGUGAGGUGUGUUUAAAGACCUUUGGACUAUAUCAUCUAACUUAUAAUGGCCAUCACAACUAUGACUACAAGGAAGCUGGAGGAAGCCAGACUGACGAAAAUGAUUAUGAAGGUAAUCAUUGUGAUAAAACUUCCAGUUCCCUUCAAAAACAAGAAAAAAAUCAUACUGGAAAAAAACUCUAUGUGUGUCAAGAAUGUGGUAAAGCCUUUAGGUAUCCCAGUGCCCUCCAAUUACAUGAAAGAAUUCACACUGGAGAAAAACCCUAUGAGUGUAAAGACUGUGGGAAAGCUUUUAGAGGUCUUAGUGCCCUUCAUUUGCAUGAAAGAAUUCAUACCGGAGAAAAACCCUAUGAAUGUAAACAGUGUGGUAGAGCCUUCACGUAUCUCAGUGCCCUUCAAUUACAUGAAAGAAUUCAUACUGAGGAAAGACCCUGUGAGUGUAAACAAUGUGGUAAAACCUUUAGAUAUACCAGGGCCCUCAAAUUACAUGAAAGAAUUCAUACUGGAGAAAAGCCCUAUGAAUGUAAGCAAUGUGGUAAAUUCUUUAGAAGUCACAGGACCCUUAAGUUACAUAAAAGAAUUCAUACUGGAGAAAAACCCUAUGAGUGUAAAGAAUGUGGGAAAGCUUUUAGAUGGCUUACUUCUCUGAAGUUACAUGAAAAAAUUCAUACAGGAGAAAAACCCUAUGAAUGCCAAGAGUGUGGGAAAGCCUUCAGGUGUCAGGCUUCCUAUCAUAGACAUAAAAUAACUCAUGGUGGAGAAACGUUGUAUGAGUGUAAAGAGUGUGGUAAGUCCUUCAUUUACCCCUCUUUACUUCAAGUGCAUGAAAGAACCCACACAGGUGAAAAGCCCUUUGAGUGUAAGCUGUGUGGGAAAGCUUUUAGAUGUCAAUCUUCGCUUCGGUUGCAUGAGAGAACGCACACUGGAGAAAAACCCUAUGAAUGUAAACAUUGUAACAAAGCCUUUUCGAGUUAUAAUUAUCUUCGAUUUCAUGAAAGAAGCCACACUGGAGAGAAACCCUAUGAAUGCAAAGAAUGUGGGAAAACCUUCACACAUCGCUCUUACCUUCGGUCACAUGAAAGAAGACAUACUGGAGAGAAACCGUACCAGUGUGUUCAGUGUGGCAGAUCCUUCAGCCGGCACAGUUCCUUUAAGAGGCAUCAGUCCGUUCAUGGAAUGGAAAACCCGUAUGAAUGUCAGCAAUAUCUACUUCCUUUAUCUCCAUUUCCUUCAAAUGAAUGAAAGAACAGAUACUGGCAACAAACUUUGAAUGUAAGCGUUUCCCCCACUGACAUAAAACCCUUGUGGGAACUAAAGACAGGGAUAAGCCUUUUGUAUGUAAACUGUGGCAUAGCUUUUCAGGGGUCACGGUGUCCUUCGGCUCCAUGAAGGAAUUCACUUUGAACAAAGUUUUUAUUUGUUACUAAUGUGGUGUCACUUGUCACACUUCUUUCAGAGAAGUAAGUUAAUUCCUGCUGGGCAAAUGCCCUAUGAAUGUACAGGAUAUGUUUAGUCUUUCAUUUUCCCCAUUUGCCUUAAAAUCAUGAAAACUCAUAGUGGUGAAAGGUCACAUGUUCACACGUCCUUUCAGCAGCAUAAAUGAACUCAUGAUAGAGAAAAUGUGAGUGGAAGGUGUGUGAAAGCCUUUAGAUAUCAUUGCUCCCUCACAUUCCAUGAGUGACUUGUAUUGGAAAUAGUUUUCCAAGCAAAAAUAAAAGCUGUGAAGUUUUCAAGGUCACAGUUCUUUCAGAAACUUACAGUGAUGGAUGGUGAGCAGUUCUGUAAGUGUGAGGAUUGUGGGAGCUUAAUGGUUGCUGGGAGACGAACAUUUCCUUUACAGUGACUGCCUGGGGCCUUGUAAAUACCCCCAGUUAAACUCGGUGAUUCCUCUAGCACACUUGGUUAGAAUCAUUCUUUGUCCCUGUCUUUGGUGCCCUGUCUGGGACAAAGUUCACUCUCUAGGGACUUCUAAAGUUGGGUUGUAUUUGUGUCAGUGUGAACCAUCGAGAAGGAGGGGAGACUGGCUUAAAGUGAUGUGUUUCUGUGUUGGGUGGGAUUUUGGUUCACUUCAGUUGUCAACUUGAUACACUCUGGAGCCACCUGGGAAAGAAUCUCAGUGCUGAAUUGUCUGGGUUUGGUUAGCUUUUGGGCCCAGCUGUGAGGGAGAACAGAAAGGACAGAGGAGCAUAGCACAGGUGUUCCUUGCUGUCUGCCUUGGGACUGUGGAUACAGUAUGACCUGUGUCAACUUCUGCCACUGUGAUUGGCCCACAGUAAUGGAUUGUAACCUGGAACCAUGAACUAAAAUAAACCCUCUCUCCCCUAAA